AUGGUUACUCUCAAACCUGGGAAACGUCCUAAUAUUCUCAAGAGUUUAUCUGCUCAAAAUUCAGUUCCUGGGAACUCUCUACCUGUUACUCCGUUCUGCUGCAGAUUGCGGAAUACCAAUAAUUUGAAUACUUCAAUAUCUAGUACUUCAAACAGCGGAACAACAUCACCCCCCAGUUUUGUGUGUAGUGUAGACUAUGCUGAAUCUCCUGUACCUUCCCCCUCCGAAGAGCAGUUUGUGGAGGACGAGUUUGCGAUAUUUGUAAAAGCCUCGAUCCAUCCUCCGAAUGAGUUAAGUGUACCGCGUUGCUACCCAGAUGCUUCUACAAGAGUCCUUGUUGAACCUCAAGCAGCUGCAAACAAUCAAAAGAACUACUUGAGAUCAAAAUCUGUCAGCUCUCCUUAUGCUCCGGGUCGAUCUCUGAUAAGCCAGCGAUCCCUCGGAUCUCCGGGAUCGAGACCAUCCUCUCCACGUCCCCGGCUCCGUAGAGAGUCUGCUCAGGAGAUAGAGGACGGAGAUUAUACUCCGGGUGCAUCAUUAGAACCAGGGGCAGACCGUCAGUUUAAACAACCUGGUUCCAUUGGGACAAAAGGAUUAUCAGUUUACAAUCAUCAAGUUCCCCGCUGUCCUUCUCCUCUACUACAACCCAGACUCCCACUUCAUAGAUCUGCUCCAGGUACUCCUAGUACACACUUCAGCGUUCCUCGAAGCUCUAGAUCUCCUUGUAGAACACCUAGUGAUGAAUCAUAUCUCAAGGUUCCAUAUAUCAGAACCAGAGGAACAUCAUUACCAGAGAGUAUGGAGGAUAGUAUCAGCGACAAUCUCUAUCUUCUUAGGCAAUUUAAUAUUCGAGGGAAGAAAGUGGUUCACGUUGGAGACUCCUUUCAAACCAGAGCCAGGAGUAACAGUAGUGUAAACUCAAACUUUUCAGGGGGUACUGGAGGUCAGAGUCAGUACUCCAGUAGGACGGGUUCAUGUAUCUCCAGUAUGGAAAACUACUCUAGUACUGAGGAUGAACCGAGCAUUAUAUCAAAUGAUCAGAUUCAAACUUUCAGAGAUUGUCGACAAUCUGAACGUGGUGAGAAGAGUGUAUGCAUUCAACUUGAGGAUAUUGAAUGUGAACUCGUCUUCAUUGAUCGACCUAGGACUGAAAUAUCAGCUGAGAAUCUAUUGAGCUCGUAUUCUGCAGACUGUGCUGUAGUAGUGUUCAGUGUAACGGAUGAUGGAAGCCUGCAGGAAGCUAGAGAAGUAUUAAAUAUUCUCUGGCAGUCUGGUAGUUUAGCGUCUAGAGCUGUUAUUCUGGUUGGAAAUAAAACAGAUCUAGUUAGAACAAGAACUGUUCCUAUUGACGAAGCUCGGUCUAUUGCCUCCAGCCAUGAUUGUAAAUAUUGUGAAGUGAGCGCUGCACUUGAUCAUAAUGUGGAUAGUUUGUUGGUUGGUAUAGUUAAACAAAUUCAUCUGAAACUAUUCUCUCAUCUACAGACCAAGCGCAGCAAAGGUCGUCUUUACACUAGGUAGACUUUUUUAAAAUCAUUUGUGGAGAAUCGUUGAACUUACUUUUCUUUAACUUUAUUUGAAGACCCUUCAU